GAGAGAAAGGGAGUGAUUGCAUGAGAUAUUGUCAGCCAGUCCUGAACCAGAACAGCAGAAGCAGCGGCGGUGGACGGGACGCAGACGCUCUGAGCCGAACAGGAUAUAAGGGAAUACACGCCGACGAGGAUGCACAAAAGGAGAGGAUGGGAUUUUUAAAAAAGGGGCAUUUCUCCUACUUCUGUUUGGAGCUUCCACAAGCAGAGCACCAGUGAAAACACAUACAUAUGAUAUAUAUAUAAAACUCCUAUACAUAUAUAUCAAAUUAUGCCUGUUUUCAAAGAAGCUGCAGCUGGACACGGACUGAUCUGACACCAAAAAGCAGCAAAGCUCGGAUUUCAUCUGCAACACUUGCUUAAACACUGUUGCUUAUUAUGAUUUGGAUUCUUUUUUGUCUUCAGUUUUUUUGAAAGCCAAAAAAAAAAAAAAGUAUAAACCUGAGUGGUUGAUCCAGCAUUUACAGUUCUGUAUUACAGGCUUCUUCUGAAAACAGGAAUUUUGUUUAUUUAUUUUUUUUAGCUGCCCUUGUGGCGCCGUUUGGCUAUCGCAUCUCCACUUGUCUGUCGUCAGUGUGGGCUGGGCUUGUUUUAUUCCUGAGAGGCUCUGAGGGUCAGUUCACGGGCUACCUGACCCCCCCUCCACACACACACACACACACACUGAUACACCUUCAGCAACACGGAAUAAAAAUUCCCACUGGGUCCCAGAGGAGAGGGCUGGGGUAAGUUGCGUGGAAGGGGCAACGAGAAAAACACAAAAGCAAAGGAUGGAGGGGCCUCAAGCAUGAAGAAGUGAGCCAUAAACAAACCAGGGAAGAAAAGCGUGAAAGACCUGCAGUAAUUCCAGCACAUCAAUCUUUUGUCCCCUCGCUUCGCUGCAAGGAACAAAUCUAAGGCAGGAAGAUUGAGCACCAGAACAACAGCGCUUCCCCUCUGUCUUCCCUCUACGCCACCUUCGCCUGAACACAACCAAGCAGCGUCCCGGGUCCGUGGGUCCGUCACUUGGAUCCGAGGAGAGGAGGAGUUCCAGGGGAGCAACAGGGGCUCUGCGCAUGCCGAGCACAAAAAGCCACUGGACCCCUGAGUGUGUCGCCUAAAAGCUGCAGACUGACACUUACAGAGUCCUGCCAUCAGGGAACUGAGCUGUGUGUGUGUGUGUGUGUGUGUGUGUGUGUGUGUGUGUGUGUGUGUGUGUGUGUGUGUGUGUGUGUGUGUGUGUGUGUGUGAGAGAGAGAGAGUAAAAAAUAGAUAAGCCUCAGGUGCAACUGGGAAUCUUUUGGACUGUAAUCACCGCAGGAUUUGGACGAGAGUCCAGAGUGAUGUUGUAAAGACGUUUAGCAGCUGUUGCUGCUUGCUUCUUCCCGACAGGAAGGAGAUAUCUGUGCAGAUUAGGUCACAUCAUUCAAAAAGACCCCCGGAUGAUAGAGAAGAAGCAACGUUUACCAAAGUGGACUACAGUGAAAAGAUGCCCACUGCAAAGAUAAAAAAGCUGUUUCUGGACAGUGGCGUUGACAGAAGCGGGAUGAUAGAUGCACGUUAAGAUCUGAGAGGUGGACUUCUCAGUGCUGCACUUCUGGGUUGUUUUUAUUUCCUCCUGGACACCAAAACCGAUCUGACUCCAGUGUUAAGUUCUCCUCUCAGGACUGCGAGUUACUCUUCGGAGUGGAAAAACCUUCCAUGUGUCCUGACUGCAACUUUGAGAGGGAUCAGCUCUGCCUGCUUGCACCAUCAGGAGCCCACAGUUCUCACUUUUCACGGAUUAUUCAAGCACGCGCUGGGGGAGCUCAUUGCUGGAAAUGCCAGGGCACGUUCAUUCAUAGGUUAUACGCCCUCCUAAACUGGAUCUGCCACCUCCAGGAUUUGGAUUUGUCUACCAGCCGUCGUUGCUGUCUGCUGGAUGGCUUUGUGAAAGAAGAUUUUGGUCCCUUCAUCUUAUCGACUGGUCAUCAGUGCUGAGACACUGAAAGAGACUGGAGUCCAAGAUGGCCACUUCCAUGUUCUCACUAUUGAUAAAUGUCUCGUUGGCCAUUUUGUUGGGUUUGACCUCUCUGAGUGGACUGAACUCUUGGCCAUCGGGUCAAGCGUUGGCACAGGCUUCUUCCAGCAACCAAACAGAAUCAUCUGUGCUACAAGAGGCAGCACUGGCAACGCCAACACCAGACCCAGCGACUCAAACAGAUCCAAGUGCUGGUAGCCGUUGCUGGGGUUACUAUGAUGUAAUGGGCCAGUGGGAUCCACCAUUUAACUGUAACGCAGGCAUCUACAUGUUCUGCUGUGGCUCCUGCUUCUACCGUUUCUGCUGCCAGUUUAAAAUCCACAGUUUGGACCAGACAUCCUGUUCCAACUAUGACACACCUGUGUGGGCUAAUACUGGGAAACCAGGGGUGCCCAUCACCGAGGGCCACCAGGAACCGGAUCGGGAUCGCACCCACAUGAUUGUGUACAUCAUCUGUGGGGUGGUGGCCAUCAUGGUCCUGGUGGGGAUUUUUACUAAACUUGGACUGGAGAAGAGUCAAGGAGGGCAAACGGAUAUGACCAACUCCAGGACUCUGACAGAGCUAUUGAAGCAGCCAGGAGAGGCCGGGGUGAUGGACGGAGCCGGAGUUCAUCAUCCUAUCGGGACAAAUGGGAUUGCUACCAGGACGCUACGCUCCAACAUGGGUAGGUUUGUCGUGUGUGUAAUGCAUGAUAAUUAGCAAAUAUGGUGGCGUUUCCUCACAUAAGAUGGCUUUGAUUUAUUGGUGAAAUUUGUCCAACGGACAUUUGAUUUGAAGGUGAUUUCAGAAUCCGAUGAUUUAAAUCUAAGUGAUGACAAUGAGGUGUGAGCGUUAUCUAAAGAGCGGUGAUCCAUCACUGUCCCACCCCACAACUCAUGGUUGCGGUGCGGAUUGUUUCAUGCCACAUAAACGCGAGAGCUCCGAAGCAGCUCAGGGCCUCUCAGACCUCCACUGGUGUUCAGGUGAUCAGGUUUCAGGUCAGCCUUCCAAUGAUCAGAGCACUUCACCCCAUCAGACUCUUUUUAUUUACACCACCAGAAACCACACACACACACACACACACACACACACACACACACACACACACACACACACACACACACACACACACACACACACACACACGUUCUGGUGGACCAAUAGCUGAGGAGGAGUAGGGACACACAGGUCACAUUUAAUUAAGAUGUAAUUAGCUGUUCCGGCUCCAGACCCAUG